AUGGACGGACGUGUAUUCUGGAAUCGGACCUCGCAAAUUCUUCUCAAUGAAUCUUGUGACAAUGAGUGCAAUGACCAUGAUCUGAUUUAUUAUAACUUUGUCCAUCUAACAGAGACGACUAUUUUGCCUUCUCUCAUUGGAAUCCUCUGUUCAACGGGGCUAGUAGGAAACAUUCUGGUAUUGGUGACUAUCCUAAGGACCACAAAGAAGACCGUUCCAGAUGUAUACAUCUGUAACCUGGCCGUGGCUGAUGUGGUCCAUGUGACGGUCAUGCCCUUCCUGAUCCACCAGUGGGCGCGGGGGGGGCACUGGGUGUUUGGCAGCACCCUCUGCACCAUCAUCACCUCACUGGACAACUGCAAUCAGGUGGCCUGUGCAGCCGUCAUGACCGCUGUCAGCCUGGACAGGUACCUGGCGGUGGUGCACCCGUUCCGUCUGAUGACCAUCCGAACCCGCUCUAAGACAAUCUGGAUCAACCUGUUUGUGUGGGUGGUGUCAUUUGUCAUGGUCCUUCCCGCCUGGGUCCACUCCAAAGUCAUUCGCUUCCCUGACGGACUGGAGAGCUGCUCCAUGAACCUGGUCACUCCCAAAGAGGUGCUCUGGUACACCCUAUAUCAGACCAUCACGUCUUUCUUUCUGCCCCUGCCCCUUAUCAUCACCUGUUACAUGCUGAUCCUGUGCUAUACCUGGAGGAUGUACCUGAAGAACAAAAGGGAACGGCGUACUAACAACCAGUCCCGGGAGCGAGCCAUCCGCCUCACCAAGAUGGUUCUGGUCCUAGUGGCGGUUUUCCUGGUGAGCGUAGGGCCCUAUCACAUGCUCCAGCUGGUCAACUUAACACUGCGGCGGCCCACGCUGGCCUACUACACCUGCUACUACCUGUCAGUGUGCCUCAGCUACGCCGCCAGCAGCAUUAACCCUUUCAUCUACAUCCUGCUCAGCGGACACUUCCGUCACCGGCUCACUUACCGUAAGCCGCCCAGCAGGCCUGUUGUUGAGAGGGAGCCUAAUGGGCCCCAGGUCCGUACACCACACUCCAGCUUCUGA